GAGGCGGGGAAGGCAAGGAGAGCGUGGGAGAAAGAGUGGCGCCUCCUCCUGCUCCUCCUGCCGCCGCCGCCGCCGCCGCAGCGUACCAGCGAGUGGAGCGCAGUCGAGGUCGUCCCGCUGCCAGAAGAAGUGCGCCUCUCUCCCUCCUCCGCCGCCGCUCCUCCUCAGAGCAGCCCGGGGACAAAGCGGGACGCGGCGUCUCCUUGAGAGCUGGAAUGUGCACUGUUCUCCCUAUACUUUUUUAAGAAGCAAGAGGUUCAGAAGGGCAAAGCUGAAGGAUGCCGUCUGAGGUGUGCCUCAGUUUUCAAGAUAUGCUGACUGGCCAGAGGCUUUGCCAGUCUAGUUCUCAUAAUGAUGCUGUCUUGGCUGCUCUGAACCAGCAAAGAAGUGACGGGAUCCUCUGUGAUAUAACUCUAAUAGCGGAAGAGCAGAAAUUCCAUGCUCACAAGGCAGUCCUAGCAGCAUGCAGUGACUACUUCAGAGCGAUGUUCAGCCUUUGUAUGGUUGAAAGUGGCGCAGAUGAGGUGAAUUUACAUGGCAUCACAAGCAUAGGUUUAAAGCAAGCUCUGGACUUUGCAUACACUGGACAGGUACUCUUGGAACCAGGUGUGAUUCAAGAUGUGCUUGCUGCAGGGAGCCAUCUGCAGCUGCUGGAAAUGCUUAGUUUAUGUUCUCACUAUCUUAUCCAGGAGUUAAAUAGCUUUAAUUACUUGGACCUAUAUAAACUUGCUGACCUAUUUAACCUCACUUUACUGGAAAAAGCGGUGGUUGACUUCUUGGUGAAACACCUAUCUGAGCUACAGAAGAACCACCCAGAAGAAGUCCUGACGCUACCAUACUGCCUCAUCCAAGAGGUCUUGAAGAGUGACCGACUCACGUCACUGAGCGAAGAGCAAAUUUGGCAGCUAGCUGUGAGGUGGCUAGAACACAAUUGCCGUUACCAAUACAUGGAUGAACUUCUCCAGCAUGUUCGGUUUGGGCUUAUGGACGUGGACACCUUGCAUACAGUAGCCCUCUCUCACCCUCUUGUCCAAGCUAGUGAAACCGCAACAGCACUGAUCAAUGAGGCCUUGGUAUAUCACCAGAGUAUCUAUGCACAGCCAAUAUGGCAGACCAGAAGGACAAAACCUCGCUUCCAGUCAGACACUCUUUACAUCAUUGGAGGGAAGAAACGGGAGAUCUGCAAAGUUAAAGAACUUCGAUACUUCAAUCCUGUAGACCAGGAUAACGUUUAUAUAGCAGGGAUUGCAAACUGGAGUGAGCUGGCUCCCAUGCCGGUAGGAAGAAGCCACCACUGUGUUGCUGUCAUGGGAGAUUUCCUUUUCGUAGCAGGUGGCGAAGUUGAGCACGCCACUGGCCGCACUUGUGCAGUACGGACCGCUUGUAGAUACAACCCUCGAAAUAAUUCUUGGGCUGAAAUAGGUCCAAUGAAGAACUGCCGGGAACAUUUUGUGUUGGGAGCUUUGGACGAAUACCUCUAUGCAGUCGGAGGUAGAAAUGAGCUGCGCCAAGUGUUGCCUACGGUGGAGCGCUACUGCCCUAAGAAGAACAAAUGGACUUUUGUUCAGUCCUUUGACAGAUCCCUUUCCUGCCAUGCGGGAUAUGUUGCGGAUGGUCUCCUUUGGAUAUCAGGAGGAGUAACAAAUACGGCACAAUAUCAGAACAGGCUAAUGGUGUAUGAUCCUUCACAAAAUAAAUGGCUUAGCCGCAGCCCCAUGUUGCAGAGAAGAGUCUACCAUUCAAUGGCAGCUGUGCAAAGGAAGCUGUAUGUUUUAGGAGGCAAUGACCUGGAUUAUAACAAUGACAGGAUUCUUGUCCGCCACAUAGAUUCCUAUAAUAUAGACACUGACCAGUGGACACGCUGCAACUUCAGUCUGUUGACAGGCCAAAAUGAAUCGGGAGUUGCUGUUCACAAUGGCAGAAUAUACUUAGUUGGUGGCUACUCAUUUUGGACAAAUGAACCCUCAGCAUGUAUCCAGGUGCUGGAUGUUAGUAAGGAAGGAAAAGAAGAGGUUUUCUAUGGGCCCACCUUGCCUUUUCCUUCUAAUGGGAUAGCUGCCUGCUUCCUUCCGGCACCCUACUCAACAUGCCCCAACCUGCAGCCUUUGCAAGUGCCUCAUCACAAGAUAGGCACUAUGUGAGAAAAGGAGCAUGACUGAUGAGAGAGGAAGCUUCUUCGUCCAUCCUGAUUUCAUCUUCAAAUCAACCAAAAGGGGAAUAAUUGUUCUGAAAUUCUUUAUUGUAUUAAAUGCAGUAGAAGCCAAAAAGAACACCAAUGAAAGGGGGCCAGAAUUGCACCUAGACCUUCCUACCUUCAAGCAGGGCUUGGGCAUCUUUGCUCACUAAGUAUUCUAGGAACAUUUUAUGCAGUUUAUUUGGCUUCACACUUAUAAGGAUCUGCCAGGAUUACUGACUUUCCAAAGUGCUUUGCAAAGGAGAGUGUGGUAAGUCAACGAGGAAACAUAAUACUACAUAUGCAAUUUAAUAUAUUUGGCAAAAAAGGGAUCCUUGAUUUAGUUCCAUAGGUUGUUGCUUCUAGCGCUAGGUACUGUCAAAGACGUGCAAAAAAUGAAUUUUGCUUUUUCACUUAAACAUAUAAAUUCUCAAAAUGUGGGCUACAACUGUGAUGAGUUUGGACUUCAUUUUAAAAAAGGCUGGAAAAGGACUUAUUUGAGUACUUUCUAUUGAUCUUAGAAAAAUAUUGAAGUUGUAACUGCUGUGCAUUUUAACACUUCUCAACUGCAGGUGUAAGGAGCUCUGUUAGCCUCUGAAGAACCAGAUGUUUCUUAUGACUGCCUCAUGGAGGUGAGAGUUAAAGGCUGGACUAAAAGCAAUGUAGUUAUUAAAAGUUUAUGCUAGAGAAAAGGCAGCUAGGUGGUGCUAUCAACAGAACAAAAGUGUCAUGUAGAAUGGAGGAGUGAGACAGGCACAUUAAAGAUUGUUGUAACGCCUUGCUGUAGUGUUCCCUAUAGAAUUAGACCAGGAAUUGCAACUUAGACAUAGUGAAGUUUGUUCGUUAAGCUUGAGUUUGUAUGUCUUUGUAUCCAAAGUGGUUUUUGAAACUACAGAACUAAUUAGUAGAAACUUUUAGGAAAGCUGUCCCCACCCAUCUUGCUUAAUUCCAAUAUCUCCAUUUGGCAAAAGUUGCAAGGAGAAUAAACUCUUGUCUAGAGACCAUUCUGAAAUUUAUUUUUGCCUAUUUUGAGUUUGCCCUAAAGAGCAAUUUAAAACAGCUGAUUGAGCAUCUGGCUCUGGGCAAUUUUGAACUGCUAUACUAGCCUUCCCAAUUUUUAGCACUUACAGUUAACAAAAAAGGCAAGAGGGAUUUAACAACUAAAAAUGUAUAAGAGAACAUGGGAAACAGUAUUUUCAUUCACAUUAACUUGAGGAUCCUGUUGCUGGGGAAGGGUAGUAGCAACCAGCUUGAAUGUUGCAAGGCAAAGGUAGUUGGCAUUAAGAUAUGCUAUGCACUGCCCCCUCCGCAAAGACAGUUUUGGAAGGGCAACUGUUACAAGAGUAACAGUAAAGAAUAUAGCCCUCCUUUCUUACUGUGGUGGUGGGCUGUUUCAAUAAAAUUAGUCACACAUUUUCUGUAUAGUUGGGAGCACUGGAAAUUUGUAUUGUUAGGAAACCUAAAUAUUGUGCUUUUUUUGUACUGGAGGAGCCUAUUUUGAAGUCUGUAUUACUUCCUCACAGUUGUCUAACGAACAGGUAGUUAGGUCAGAGAAUGCUCUGGAGCCUGUGGAUUUUUGGAGUGCUAAAUAUCAACACAUGGCUCCCGAAAUUAUACAGAUCCUUGUUUGGAAACAAUACAUCUCCAUUGUCUAGCUAGCAGGAGCUGCCUUAUGCUGUGUCAGCCUAUUGCUCCAUCUUACUUCUGCUGUCUGCUCUUGACUGGCAGCAGCUUACUAGGGUCUCAUGUUCCUUUCAAGUGGGGAUACCAGGCAUUGAACCGGGGACUUUCCUACAAGUAUGUGCUCUAUCACAGUCUUGGUUUCCUGUCCAAGGAACAAUCGUGACAAUAAGAGUCCAAGUCUAUGAAUACCUGACAGUAACGAACUAGAACGCAGGCCCCAAGGGAGAGAGCCAGUCAUGACGGCAAAUGCAAUGGGGCUCCCCUUUCUCUCCCUGACUUUUGCGCCAAAUGACAUGUCAGUUGAACAAGUGGGGCGAUAUAACUGGGUUAUCACCUUCACAUUUCUGCAUUUGUUACUGUCUAGCCCUGUAUAAUACCAAUUUGAUGGAACAUUUCAGUUUCAUCCAUGCAGGCCAUCCUUACCGACAGCUCCAAGUUUAGUUUUAUUAAUGUGCAAUAUCUUCAUAUUUUUGAAAAUCUUGGGGGGGGGGGGAAUUGGUCAACUCACAGUUACAAGGGGAACUAUUUUGUUUGUAUGCUGUGUGAAUUCCCAAAUUAAGUUCAAGAAGCUGCCAGCUGCAUAGGUAAAAGUUAAUACCAGAAAACAUUCAUACAAAUGUGCCUCCAUUCUAUAUUACAGGCAUAUGUACAGUUUACAAUAAAACUUUAUUGUCUGACUACUGUAUCAUCUCUGCCUCGCAAUAUUUUUACAUUUGAAAACUAUUAUGUGCAUGCUAACUACUCUGAAGACCUGUACCACACACAAAGGUGUUGCAAGAGACAAUCUGUUGCACACAAACACUUGACCUGAUGAAACCACCCUUGCAAGGACGCAGUUUCUACAGUGUGUGCAGAUAAGCACUAGAAAUGGGUGGAGGGGACUCGUUACCUGUUUCCUUCUUCCACUGCAUCCUGCAGAACUCCCUUACCUCCUGCUCUGAUUAAGAGGUUUUGGAAGACCCUCUAGAAUAGUGAGGGAGAUAGCUUUGGAGGCUACAGGAAGACAACAGAAUCAGCAAAAGUUCUCCCUCACCACUACCAAUGGAUCCCUCCACUGUGGAGAACAGGUGACAUCAAGUCAUGGCACAUUUUGCAUAGGAUGAGUAAUGCACAUCACAGAUCAUUUCUAACCAUAAACUCUUAUCGGUUAAAAUAUUUCUUACCAGGGUGCUAAUAUUAUCAUCAAUCUUUAAGUGCUAAAAAGCAUUCAUAUCUCUUAACAACAGUGACAGUUGGAGAUAAGAAUUCAAAUUUGGCAUACCAAAGCAGAAAUGUUCAUUAAAAAAUUCAGCUCUGGAAAAUCUAUUUGAUGCAAAUUCAUUUCUCCCAAAGUAUGUGUCUAACAAUAAAUUGUUUCUGGGUCUCUGACUGGCUUGUUCAGCUAGAUCCAAGUUGUAGGAAUUGCAGCAUUCCCAAAACAAGUAUGCAUCUAGUCUGUCUGGUUCCUCUUGAGUUUUGAAAGAAACUGCUCACCGUUUUCAUAUUUCACUAUAUUAAGCAACCUGCCUAUAAUUGAUUUGCAAGAGACACUUACCGUGUUGCAAUCUCAAGCACAGGAUGUUCAGCUUCACAUCUUUAAACGUGGUAACUUGCUAUGUUUUGCAAGGUUUGGCUUUCCAAUUUGUGCUUUUCUAAUGGUGAGGAAGACACACCUGCCAUUCAUUCAAUGGUACUUCUAGUGUGGAAAGAAAGGAAUAACUAUACAGACUUGUAAACCAUGCUUGUUGCAGAGGUAUGCAUUAUCCAUUGUUCUGGCAUCAAAUGUGCCUUGCAAAACAGACAUUAAGACAUUAAAAAAUGCUCUCUUGGUAUUAGAAAAACGCUUAAGUGUGAAUGCAUUUGGAGGACUGCCAAUUAGAUUUCAAUUUGGAAAGGGAGCAUUUCAGCAGGUCUGUUUAUGACACUGCAUAGCGACUAGUGCUUGCAAUGUCAGAUAAAGCAAAUUUCAACAACCAAGUUUGUUUGUUUUUUACCAAGCCUACCUAUAACUUUAAUUCCAGUAAAUUAAUUAACUUGGGAAACCUGCUGCGAGUCCCACUGGAUGAA